AUGCUGUCCGAAUCCUGUGAUCAAGUCAUUUCAUAUUAUUCAUCAUUAAUUCAUUACGUAACUGAAUCUAUUUUUCAGGACAUUUUGAAGAACGGAGACAACAAUGAUCCGUCCUAUUAUAGAAUUCUCCCCGUGCAGCGGCGGGGGGAACAUUAUCUGGUUUAUGGUGUAAAUAGUUGGAUGUAA